AUGGCGGCGAUGGCGACGCCCGAGCGGCUUUUUCCCAACGCGAGCCGCUCCGACAUUAGAACCCGCUUUCACCUCGGCAAGCAGCUGGGGCAGGGCGGCACAGGCGUAGUAACCGUAUGCAGCGACCUUCAAACGGGGAUACCGGUCGCUGCUUGCAAGAGCGUGCCAAAGAGCAAGCUCCAGCGGCGCGACGCGCUGGAGGAGCUGCAGCGCGAGGUGCACGCGAACCGGCGCGUGCGCGGGCACGCGCACGUGGUGGAGCUGCGCGGGCUGUACGAGGACGCGCAAGCCGUGCACCUCGUCAUGGACCUCUGCAAGGGUGGCGACCUCUACGACUUCCUCAUCGCUCGCUCGCCCGUCGCAGAACCCGUCGCAGCCGAAAUCGCCAGGCAAGUGCUGCUAGCGCUGGCGCACUGCCACGCGGUGGGCGUGAUGCAUCGCGACAUCAAGCCGGAAAACAUCCUCCUCCUCGCGCCCGACGACGGCUCGGGCCGCGUGCACGUGAAGCUCGCGGACUUCGGGCUGGCCGUGCUGCUGCGGCCCGGGCAACGCGCCGUGGGCAUGUACGGCAGCGCCAUCUACAUGUCGCCCGAGGUGGUGUGCCGCCGCCCGUACGGCCAUGCGGUCGACCUCUGGGGGCUCGGCGUUAUCGUCUACCUCGCCCUCGCCGGCUACAUGCCGUUUUGGGGCAGCACGGACGAGGAGCUCUUCCUGCGCAUUCUCCGCAACUCCCCCGACUUCCGCGCGGACCCCUGGCCGCGCGUGUCCCCGCAGGCAGUCGACUUCAUCCGCUCGCUGCUCCACUCCGACCCCGCGCACCGCCCCUCCGCGCUCGCCGCGCUGCAGCACCCCUGGAUCGUGCAGCACUGCGGCGGUCCCGCCGCUUCCCCCGCGCCCUCGCUUUCCGCCGAGCCCAUGCCCGGGAUGACACCCAAGGCCCCCGCAGCUACGCGCAAGUCUGCGCCGGCGGGGGAGAGCGGGGCGAAGGUGCACCCGGAGGCGGGCAAGGCGCAGCAGCUGCCGCGCGCGGGUAGCAUGGAGGCGGGCGGGGAGGCAGCGGUAGUUGCGCCUCCGUCCGCGCUCAACAAGAUACGCGUGGGCGGAGCGGGACAGUCCGGGGGACAGUCGGCCGCGCACCAUGGCAGGGCGAUGGACGUCGACUCCGACCAAUCAGUUCCUAUCGCUCCAGUCGCUUCCGCCUCUUCCGCCGCCUCCGCCGCUUCCGCCAUGCCUGCGCCCAUGAAGCAGCCGAGGCAAGCGCCCGCGGGAGCCCAGCGGCAAUGGCCAACGCAGCAAGUGGAAGCGGCGCAAGCGCAAGCGCAAGGCGGGGAGGAGGUGCAGCCGCUGCAGCGCACGCGGCGCACGAGUCAGCCGCGCGAGAAACGCGAGGGGCGGGGGAAAUCGACGAGAGGCGCGUCCGCCGCGGAGCAGCAGGUGCGCGGACGGUCCCGCCACCGCGAGUCCGCGACAGCCCCGCGCGCCAUGGAUGUCGACGAGCAGAUGCCAUCGCAGCAGUCGUCGCAGCCGUCGCAGGCGUCGUCGCAGGCAAACCACCAUGCGUCGCAUGCGCUGCCGCCAAUCCAAGUUCCGCCUGCCGCGGGCUCCGCGCCAUCGCCGUCGCCGUCGCAGGGCAGCUCGCAGGCCGCCACGCCCACGGCGCCGGCAACUCGUCCGCGCGCGUCCCACUUCCGCUUCUUCUCCCCCAAGCGCAAGUCGCGCGCCGCAACUCACGUCACCGUCGCCGACGCGCCCUCGGGCGACUCGACCCCGAUGUCCUUCCCCAGCACCCCUACGUACCUCCCGCUCGACUCGCCCUCCGCAUCCUCCGCCGCACGAGGCGGCGAGUCGAGCCGCUCCACUUCAUCCUUCAUGGACGCGGCGCCCUCGUGCUUCCCGGUUUUCCGGCGCCAAUCGUCUUCCUCCUCCACGCCGCGGUCUCGCACCGCCAAGCCGUCGGUCAUCACCAUCCCGCUGCGCACUCAAGCAUCUGCCACGUCAGCUUCCGAAGUAACAACGGUCGAGAUUCCCUGCAUCAGGACCGAGCCCCCUCUCGACCCAACCAAGCAGCCGCCUUCCUUACCUGAGAUGCAGGCUCGGCUAUCCCAACCCGACGGCUCCCUGCCCGUGCCUGAGCUCCUCUCCUACCUCCGCCCGCGCCCCUCUUCCCCCCGCCGCGCCCCCGCCGCCUCCGCGGACGACUCCGCGCCCUCCUCCGCCGCCUCCUCCGCCGCCUCCUCCGCCCCGCAGAAGCGCGGCUUCGCCAAGCCCGCGUGGAUGGAGGCGAUUCGAGCCGCCAAGCCGGAGGACUCGCUGGCCGGGCAGGUCGGCGCCGCGAAUGGCGCCGCAAGCGGCGGGCUGCCGGCGGGCACGGAUGCGCGGAGGGCGUCGAGCCAGUUCCUCGCGUCGAACCCGGCGCGCAAGCCGGCGGCAAGCGCGGCGGGCUUGGCGGCGGGUGGUGGCAGCGCAGAGAAGGGCAGCAGCCGCGCAGGUGUGUCGAUCACGAUCCCCGCUGAUCAACCAGACUCGGAGCUACGCGGGCAGCUGGAGCAGCACGAGCAACCGCGCGAGCCGCGAGAACCGCGCGAGCUGAAGAAGAAGGUUCGGUCUCCUGCCACGCGCCCGGCGCAGCCACCCGAGUCGCCAAGUGCGAUCCCCCUCGACUCGCGCCAGUCCCCCAAGCCGUCCCCCUCGUCGCUCGUCGACCCGCGGCAGUCCCCGCGCCUGUCCUCUCCGCGCAACCCGCGCGCGGGCGGUAAGCUCGUUCCGCCGCUGGUGCUCCCCAUGCGCGGAACCUGCGAGGCGGAAAAGGAAAAGCCCCUCCGCCGGCGGGACUCGGCGCAGCGGGGCGCGGGAACUGGAGAGGGCGCAGGCGGAAGCGCAAGCGGGGGAGAGGAGAGCGCGUAUCUGAGCUGCAAGUCCCCUUCCGCGAGCAGCGUUGCUAGCAGCGUGACUGAGGGGUGGUCCCCGUUUAUGAGCAGCGCGGGCAGCGUGAGCGGCAGCAGCAACGCGGGCAGCGGCGGCAGCAGCCCGUACCACGCGGAGACUCUGACGCCAGCGCUGACGUCAGUGCUGAAGAUGAGAGCAAUGGUUCGCGUGCCUGUGGGCGGCAGUGCCGGGCAGGUAGCGGGACAGGGCGGGCAGGACGGGCAGGUAGAGGCAGGCAGGCAGGAGAGAAAGGAAAGAAAGGAGAGGAAGGAGAGGAGCGAAAAGCAUGAGAGGCGGGAGAAGCUGGAGAGGCAUGGGGUGCAUAAGAGUCACAUGGAGGUGGAGGGGGAAGGGGAGGAAGGAGGUGCAGCAGCAGCAGUGCACAUGGUGGCAUCAGCAGAGGGGGCAGAUGUGGUGAGGAGCAAUGGGGAGCACCGCACCCAUAGCAGCAGCCAUAGCCAUGGCCACAGUAGCAGUCAGAGUCAGGCCCAUGGUGCUCGUAAAGCACGGGGGCUAGGCUCGAUUGUGCGAGCCUUUGCUGCUCUCUCCACCGCACAGCCUGACUCCGGUGCUGGUAACGGCAUAACCACUGCUGGUAGCAAGUCCUCUUCUGUCCCGGUCACUCCUGUCCGCAAUCCGUUCAGCAGCAACGUCUCAUCCUCGUCAUCGUCUGCCAAGUCAGCAUCAGCACACGUGGCAAGCCUCCGCGCUGCUGGUGCCACGUCAGCAGGGCUGCGCGCAUCUGCCAGCGUGGCGGCUGCAGCGGCAGCAGCGUCUGCGAAUGUGGGCGCUCCCGCUGCAGCGAAUGCCUCAAGCUACACCAACUCCAGCAGCUCUUCAGCUUACUCGAGUGGGUCUGGUUCUGCCCCUCCCUUCCGGCCUCCUGUGCCCAAGUGGGGUGAGGGGGGUGUUGGGACGGGCAGAGUGAAGGGCGGGGCGCUGGCGGAAGCGAGGGCGAUUAUCAAGCAGCGACAGAUGCUGCAGCAGCAGCAACAACAGCAGCAGCAGCAGCAGGGUGGGGAUUUUGGGCAUGGGGAUGGCAUGGUGGGGUUGGCACCUGGAGGAACUUGGCUGGCCUCUCGGUGA